AGACAAAGAGGUAUACCGACAAAGACAACAGUUAAAAUAAACAAAUACGGCAAUAGCAAGAUUAUUAGACUCUUUAGAGUCUAAUAACCUUGUAGCAAUAGGACUUCAAACUUAUCUGACUUCGCCGCAUUCUGUUUGAAGCCAAAUAAAUCUAAAAAUAAGAAGACUUCAACAGUAACCUAACUUUUCUUGUUUUGCUUUAUGUGUCAUUUUACGUCAAACACAAAACACCGAAAAAAUGUCUGGAAAAGCAAACAAUAUUCGUAUAACACUCCAAAAUAACAUCCUAAGCGGAGGUUCGCAUAAAGAACAGGCCGAAAAGUAUCGUAGUACAUUGGACAUUAUCUUGAAAGAAACUAACAAAGAUCUCGUAGAUGGUUUGCAAAUUUUCAUAGAAGCUAUUGUUAAUGAGAAUGUGAGUCUGGUGAUAUCACGUCAGAUCUUAACAGAAAUCAGCAGUCAUCUUAUGAAGCUUCCUGACGAUGUGUCGAAGGCAGUGUGUCAUUAUAUGCUUGAAAAGGUACAACCGCGUGUAAUCUCAUUUGAAGAGCAAGUUGCAAGCAUUCGACAGCACUUGGCUGAUAUUUAUGAACGUAACCAGAAUUGGCGAGAAGCAGCAGCUGUUUUAGUUGGAAUACCUCUAGAAACUGGUCAGAAACAGUACACAGUUGACUAUAAGUUAGAAACCUACUUGAAAAUAGCCAGACUAUACUUAGAAGAUGAUGAUCCCGUACAAGCUGAAGCUUUUAUUAACAGAGCUUCAUUAUUACAAGCCGAGUCAAGGAAUGAACAGUUACAAGUAUAUUAUAAAGUAUGUUAUGCCAGAGUUCUGGAUUACCGCAGGAAGUUCAUUGAAGCAGCUCAAAGAUACAAUGAAUUGUCCUACAGAAAUAUUGUUCAUGAAGAUGAGAGAAUGACUGCUUUAAGAAAUGCAUUGAUAUGUACAGUUUUAGCUUCUGCAGGACAACAAAGGUCUAGAAUGUUAGCAACAUUAUUUAAGGAUGAACGUUGUCAACAAUUACCGGCUGUUGGAAUUUUGGAGAAAAUGUAUUUAGAAAGGAUUAUUCGUAGAUCUGAAUUGAGAGAUUUUGAAGCACUACUUCAGCCACACCAAAAAGCAACUACAAUGGAUGGUUCUACUAUUCUGGACAGGGCUGUUAUAGAACACAAUUUACUUUCAGCAAGCAAGCUGUAUAACAAUAUCAGUUUUGAAGAAUUGGGGGCUUUGCUGGAAAUCAACCCUUCGAAAGCUGAAAAAAUUGCAAGUCAGAUGAUAACAGAGGGACGUAUGCAUGGAUAUAUUGAUCAGAUUGAUUCCAUUGUUCAUUUUGAAACUCGAGAAAUGUUACCGCAGUGGGAUAAACAAAUUCAGUCUCUUUGCUAUCAAGUUAAUUCGAUCAUCGAACAGAUCGCCAAGGCUCAUCCGGAAUGGCUGGCAAAAGUUAUGGAAGAACAAAUGGUUUCUUAAAAAUGUGUUCAUUUAUUUCAAACAUUGUGUGUGAUAAAUUUCAUUUCUUUUUUCUAUUAUAAAUUAUAAUAUUACAUAAAUAAAAGUUAGAAAAUAUA